AUGAUUAUGAUUCAAUCUAGUUUAACUCAGCAGAAUCUGCCAGACAACUACAGUGCGCUGGGGACCACGGCAUGGAACGCCUCUUGCAAACACUGGCUGGCCGCAGAGGCUGCCCUAGGGAAAUACUACCUUUCGGUUUUUUACGCGAUUGAGUUCAUCGUGGGAGUCCUCGGGAACAGCCUGGUGGUCUUCGGCUACCUCUUCUGCCUGAAGAACUGGAACAGCAGCAACGUCUAUCUCUUCAACCUCUCCAUCUCCGACUUCGCCUUCCUGUGCACGCUGCCCCUGCUGAUAAAGAGCUAUGCCCUCGAGACGUGGACCUACGGGGACGUGCUCUGCAUCAGCAACCGCUACAUGCUCCACGCCAACCUGUACACCAGCAUCCUCUUCCUCACCUUCAUCAGCAUCGACCGCUACCUGCUCAUGAACUACCCUUUCCGGGAGCACCUCCUGCAAAGGAAAGAGUUUGCCGUCUUGAUCUCUCUAGCCAUCUGGGUCCUGGUGACCUUAGAGCUCCUGCCCAUGCUUCUCUUUAUAAACCAGCCUCCAGGGGACAACAGCACCAGAUGCAGGGAUUAUGCCAGCUCGGGGGAAGCCAAGAACAGCCUCAUCUACAGCCUGUGCCUCACCUUCUCGGGGUUCCUCGUCCCCCUGUUCGUGAUGUGCUUCUUCUACUUCAAGAUUGCUGUCUUCCUGAAGCAGAGAGUCCGGCCGCAGGCCCCUGCUCCGCCCUUUGAGAAGCCCCUGCACCUGGUCAUCCUGGCCGUGGUGAUUUUCUCGGUGCUGUUCACCCCCUACCACGUCCUGCGGAACCUGCGGAUCGCCUCCCGGCUGUGGAACUGGACGCAGCCCCCCUGCACCAAGGCCAUCAUCCACUCCCUGUACAUCGUGACCAGGCCCCUGGCCUUCCUCAACAGCGUCAUCAACCCCCUCUUCUACUUCCUCGUGGGGGAUCACUUCAGGGAGAUGCUGACGAGCAAGCUGAGGCAGCACUGCAAGUCCCUGGCCUGCUUCAGGAGAUGUGCCAGCAGACUGGUGUUUUCCUUCAGGAAAGGGUGA